AUCUUACAUAAUUACCAGUAAGGUAGAAUUUAUGCCUACCAUUUUGCUCUUUAUUUCCUAUGGGUCUUACAUCCUUUGUAUUCUUUUAUUCCUCCAGUGUGCUUUCUUUUAUGCUGAAUGGUUUCUUGAAUACCGUUUUAAUUCAGUUGUUUAUUUUUUUACAUAUUUUAAAAUUAUUUUCUUAGUGGUUGCCUUAGGGAUUACAGUCAACAUAGUCUUGUCUUAUUUGUAAGCUUUUCAGUGGACCUGAACCUUUGCCUAUAGGAAUCCGAUUAGAAGUCUAAUGGCUGUGAACCGAAAAGGAGGGGACAGAAGAGAGAAUCGGGGACGAUUCGUUAUCUGAGAGUUACUUGUGUUGGUGGAUUUAUCUGUUAACUCCUUGGUGGAAUUAUUUAUACCACAGACCUCUCCAGUGAACCAGGAUACUUACCAAAUGUUGGAUCUGAUACAGUUUCUAGUAAUCGUAUCAACAGCCUUCCCUCCGGGCUUGGGGAUUUGAGAGGCUGGUGCUGGGGAGGCUGGAAGUCAGCGUGGUGUCCUUUCUGCCUCCUCCUUGCAGCCUGCUCUCUGAGCUCCUGUGCUGUCCCCACGUUUCCCAGGUGCCGAGCACCCUGCUGAGUGUGGACCGCUCCAGGUCCCCACGUGUGGAGGGACCCCAGGGCCCGAGACCUUCUCCCACGUUUCCGUGAGGGUGGCCGGUCACGAAGGGAGGGGCCGGCUGAGCGCACGUGAGCGUAGCAGGACACCAGGAUUUGGCCAGAAGACGUUCCUUUCCUCCCCCAGGACUUCUCGGAGACCGCUGCUACAGAGCCCUCCAGAAUCCGAGACUGGGCCUUUGCGACAGAGCUCCCAGCCACCUACCCCCAGCUGUCCGGGAGGGACGCACCAGUCAGCAGCCGCCGCCCAUAGCUGCGACGCCUCUGGUACAGACUGUUCUGCCAUGACCACAGCGCGGUACCGGCCCACGUGGGACCUGGCCCUCGAUCCGCUGGUGUCGUGCAAGCUGUGUCUUGGGGAGUACCCGGUGGAGCAGAUGACCACCAUCGCCCAGUGCCAGUGCAUAUUCUGUACUCUGUGCCUGAAACAGUAUGUCGAGCUCUUGAUCAAAGAAGGAUUGGAAACUGCGAUCAGUUGCCCCGAUGCCGCCUGCCCUAAGCAAGGCCACCUGCAGGAGGACGAGGCACGAGCCCCCGAACAAAUCCGGUUUUUAACGCGUGCAACUGUGCCCUGCUCGAUCGAGUGCAUGGUGGCGGCUGAAAUUAUGCAAAGAUAUAAAAAGCUACAAUUUGAAAGAGAGGUGCUGCUGGACCCCUGUCGGACCUGGUGCCCAACUUCCACCUGCCAGGCCGUGUGCCAGCUCCAGGACAUGGGGCUGCAGACACCCCAGCUGGUGCGGUGCAAGGCCUGUGACGUGGAAUUCUGCUCUGCCUGCAAAGCCAGCUGGCAUCCCGGCCAGGGCUGCCCGGAGACCAUGCCCAUCACUUUCCUUCCCGGAGAGACCAGCUCUGCUUUCAAACUGGAGGAGGACGACGCGCCCAUCAAGCGGUGCCCCAAGUGCAAGGUGUACAUCGAGCGGGACGAAGGGUGUGCGCAGAUGAUGUGUAAGAACUGCAAGCACGCCUUCUGCUGGUACUGCCUCGAGUCUCUGGACGAUGACUUCCUCCUGAUCCAUUACGAUAAAGGACCGUGCCGGAACAAGCUGGGCCAUUCCAGGGCAUCUGUGAUCUGGCAUCGGACACAGGUCGUGGGCAUUUUUGCUGGAUUUGGGCUCCUGCUGUUGGUGGCCUCGCCUUUCCUGCUCUUGGCCACUCCGUUUGUACUUUGCUGCAAGUGCAAGUGCAGUAAAGGUGACGAUGACCCAUUACCCACCUAGAGGAAGGCGCGAUGCUGGAACGAGACCCCUGCCUCCGGGAAGCGUGGCCCGCCCCCACCCCACCCCGCCGCCCCCCUCACUAAACAUCUCUCUUGCCUUAUGUGCCCCAUAGAGCUUCACAGUGUCACGCUGGAUGCCGUGAUUUCAGGGACUGAUGUCAGAGCGCUUGCCGAGGCCCCGGGUGCAGUCACCUGGGCAUGGGGAAGGCAGGCUGCAGUGGGUAGGGUGCGUCCCCACACAAUCGAUCUCUGCCGACUUGACAAGGGAGGCGCUGUGCAAGGCCCCCGGGCAGUUUUCUCUCCAGUGGCGAUAGACUAGGAGUGUCUGGUGGCUGCUUCAGAGACCUUCUUGUGCAAAAUGCUGUCCGUCUCCUCCUUGGCGUCCUGAUGGUGCCAUGUUUUUGAGAGAAGGAGUCUUUUAAGGAUUACAACUCACUUCAGGCAGAAUCCAAUAAUUCUGACUUGAGAAAAGCACUCUGUUUAUGACAACUGUUUUUAUUACUAAUGGCAUUUAGUAAAAUCCUUUUUAGAAGGUGUCUUUUUGUUUUUCCAACUGAGUAGUGAAAAAUCAACAAGGUGCAUCUAAACCAUCCUAUGCCUUUCUUGAAAUGUGCAUUUUAAGAAGUUACUGUUCAAAUGACUUUUCUGGCUCGGCCACUUUUCAGGAGAUUUAGAAAGCCUUAUGCGCUCUUUGUGUUUUUCUUGAAACCUGUGACGACGUUUUGAACACCGUAAGCGGUGUGCUGUUAGAAACGCGCUUUCUAUAUUGUUGCGUUUCUUUGACGAUACUGACGUGUUUAAAGGAGUAUCUUCAUCACUAGAUUUUCCUUUUGUUUUUUCUCUCUUUGGUGAUUCAGCUCAGCUCAUGGGGCUUAUCUCUUCUCGUCCAGGUAUGAGCAGAUAUUUUGUAAUGUCUUUGGAAACCAAAUGUUUGACUCGGGAAUGGCUCUGCGGAGAAUCGGUAUGUUUUGGCUGCUUGCCCCAGCCUCCUCGCGCAGACAGUGAGGAGCGAAUAGUGCUAUUGAUCCUCUUAGGCAGGGCUUCCUGGCAGGACUGGAGCACGCCCCUGGGGCCUGGGGGACAAGCUUCCUGAUUUUCAGUUGUUUAAAUGACUUAAGUUAUUUUGGAGAAAUCCUGUUACCUUACAGAGUUCCGAGUCCCAUUGCUAACCAUUUUGCCCCGCUGAAAACACCUUCCCUUUCACUUAGGGGGUUGUACCACUCGGUCUCUCCUAGGCCGUGUGUGACUGUUACCAUGGCAGCAGAACGCGCGGAUGACUAAGACACACGUUGCUCCACCCGCUGAGUUUAAAACGCAGAGAACGCGUCUUUACAGAGAGUUGGCUCUCCUAUGGCCUUUGAGGCCACCUGUGCUUUUAAGGAGCAAACCGAUUACAUUGAACUUGGGGGCCUCUGAAAUAACAGAAAGGCAAUUGUUGUCGAUUUAUUAUCGCGGAACUUUUUAAAACUUAUUACACAUUCCACAAAGGAGUGAAAUGGAAAAUCUGACGUGUUUGCUUAUUGUGAGCACAUUUGUAAAAUGUGGCGGGUUUUUUGUGUGUUUGAUUCUACCUUUCUGCGUUGGCCUCGGGUCCUGCUUUCCUUCCCCGUGUAGACACUUCUUUGUUUCUUAACAUUUGCUAGGUUAGAAGGAACAGCGUCACCUCACUCUUCACCUGUAGUAUUUAUUAUCUUUAUGAAACUGAAGCCAUUAGGAAGCUAGUCUGUGUCAAAAUCAUAUUCAGAACAUUCUCCUUAUGACCACAGCUGAAUUCUUACUCAGUAACAAAAUAAAAACAUGCCUGAGACUGUCUUUUCAGUGGAGCCUGGGCAGUGAGUCUCUGUAGCUGGAAUUGUUGCGACAGGGCCUUGUGGUAGGUGGCUUUCUGGAGAGGUGACACUCAGAGUGAGUCCUGAGGCUCGAGUCAGUGGCCCAGGCUGGGAUCAGUGAAUGCACUUGUCUAGUGGCACCCUUUAAAAUGCCUGUCAGAGGCGGCCGGCUUGCGGCCCUGUUUCCAUUUUGAUCCAGGAGGGGGCAGGCCUCACCCCAUCCCUGUCCUGUUGCAUACCGCACAAGUCCCCGCGGUCGUUCCCCUCUCCUCCGAGGUAGAACGGGAGCCUUUGGAAAGGAUGCAUUCCCUGGGCUAGAGCUCAGGUCUCUAUUCCUAGCGGGUUGGGCUGUUCGUCUGUCCGGAGAAAUCUGUAAGCAGGCCCUGCCCAUUCAUAGCCCCCACCAGCCUGUGCCUUCACCCCCUGACACGUUUCACAAGCACGUGGUUCACCCAGGUAGGGACCAUGAAGAUUCUCGGGCCAGCCGCAGCCACACUGGCACCUGCUUGCUCCCGAGUUUUUGCACCAAGCAUGCCUCAAUUUGAUUUUGUAGUUAUACAGCUAAAAUCGUCUGUUCCUUGGGAAGAUACCAGCAGGAUUACAAUGGGAUCCUUACAUAAACUUGCAAUUUCCUCCGUGUGACGCUUUUAUUUCAGUAGGGAACGCCAACCCCAUUGUUCAUGGGGGUGCAGUACUAACCAUGCCUGAUGUAAAAUGUAAACGGAACCUGGGAAGAUGGCCCACGUCUUGGAUUUUAACCUUGCCCUCACUCCCUGGUGAAACCUGGGGAGUUCUGCACUUGGUGGUGGGCUGUUACAUGGCAUAGCUUGUCUUAACUGAAGAUGACAUUCCCUUUCACGGAUGGUCUUCAUGCCGACGUUCUGGAAGCACAUGUAUGUUUACCCCUUUCGAGGCCCUUGAAAUCCUGGCGAGGAGGGAAGAAGGUCCUCAGGUCAUGGCUGACUCAACCGGUGUCCAGUUGGGGUGGCCCUGGAGGGUGCGGGUGACCUGUGGGUCAUCCGAGUCCCUCUGACCCCGUUGGGUGGUUUUGCGGGACAGGCCUAGUCUGUCAGUCUGGCUGUCAUGUCCCCUGCAGCCUGGCCUUCGAGCUUUGCAGCGGUCACAAGAGGCCGGCGCCCUCCGAGGAGGAGUCACUGUAGAUGUUCGCGUAGCAGAGAUCAACUCAGGACCUGAGCAUAAUCAGAUCCUUGGAAAGCAUGACCGGCUGUCCAUAUCAGUUCUUCCUCACCCCGUGGGAGUGGCCGUAGCCCGGGGAACUGACCUCCACCACCGCUCACACCUUUUGCAAAGGGGAGCAAGUUCUCUUUAUGGAAUAGUAUUCCAUAAAAACCAGUGUGUGUGGGACCAGGCCGGUUCCUUUUUAGAGUCCAGGGCCCGUGGGGAAAGGGAUCCUCAGAGAUCUAAAAAUUACUCCAGAUGAGUCUAUCUUUUUCAUCUAUCUUGCUUGCAAAGUUUAAAGUUAUUUAAGAAAUUGGGAGAAGACAUUUUCCCUUGAUAGUCUUUAAAAAUUAGGAGAUUGGAAAGAACCAGGGUGGGCUUUUUGUAUAUUUCUCAGAUUCUCAUUUAUUAAUAAGUCUCCAUAUAUAUAUAUGUGUGUGUGUGUGUGUAUAUAUACAUAUAUAUAUGACACUGAAAUCAUCAAGGGAAAAUAUUUGCAUGUCUAAAGCUUCGUGAAGGUCUCUUUAAAAAAUACCAAAGCUGUUUAUUCUUUAUAGUUAACCCAAGCCCUUAGGAAGAUACACAAAAUGAAGAGGUGAUGACUGGUAUUGCCCAAAAUGCCACAUGGAACGAAGGGCCUGCGCCCAAAUAUAGUUGCUAAUGCGUCAGUAGUAGGGGAGCAUGCUGUUUUGGUUGAUAGAGCCCCACGGGCGCCCUUCUUCCUCGGCUGGUAUAAUCUCGUCUUCCACACUCCUGGGAGCCUUGGUUGGGGGUAAGUACCAGCCACAUGCCUGACCUUUCCUUCAUUCUUUGCUCAUUUUGCCACGGGUGUAUUUUUAUCUUGUAUAAAAAUAUGCACGAAUGGGUCAUGCACACGUAGACGGUAUGUAUUGGCAACGGUGGUAAAAAACAAAAGUUCGGUUCUCGUUUUUGACAUGUCAGUCCAUCUUGUGCCACUAACACUGUGAUGUAUAAAAGAGCUGUUUGAAUGCCUUUUAAUGUUGUGUUUUGUACUUUGGAAUCACAUGGAAAAGCUUGAUUUGUAAUUUCAAUACAUAUUUUAAAUGUAUUGUGUCUUACAUAGUUUGUCUCCCGCCCCCCCCCCCCCACUUUAGAAAAGGGAUUUUUCUUUUUAAAGAGAUUUUGGCUGGAAUACAGGUUACUUUUGUAAAUCUGG